UGUUGCUGCUCUCCAGCCUGAACACACACAGGAUCUCUGUGGACUCACGGACAUCUUUCAGAGACUUUAACUUAUCAAAACUCAAUUCACAAAGGAUGAUGAUGGCUUCCUCCAUGUGCAACAUGCUCACUUUGUUCCUCAUCUGCGCUACUCUGCACGAGGGUUGUGGACUCCCCUUAUCAGAGCAGCCACCUCAGACACAGAAUCCGCACCAUGUCAGGACUAAACGCUGCUCCUGUAGCAGCUGGGAUGAUAGAGAAUGCAUCUAUUUCUGCCACCUGGAUAUUAUCUGGGUCAACACGCCAAGCAAACUCCUUCCUUAUGGUUUGGGAAGUCCCCUGUCUCGCCGGCGCCGAUCAGCCAAACGGUGCAAAUGUCUCAACCCAGCUGAUAAAACCUGCAGCAGCUUCUGCUUUGAAAGCUCAAAGGAUUCCAGGACCGACGCCACUGGCUCAUUAACAGAAUCUGCAAGCACAAACAAAUUGCUGACAUCUUUCAGAUCUCUGGUCAGGUCCAACACAGCAAUCGCCAUAAACUUUCUGUCGUCAAAGAAGAAUCCUUCUAGAGCCAACAAGUUAAAGAGCAGAACAAGGAGAUAGAGGACCUCACGAAAACCAGAAGCAGUCCAACCACCAUGGACUCUGGAUGUGUGGAUAUCUUUGGAUCAAGCUCAGUUUCAGAGAGGAGUUCAUAAAUGAACUCUGGAGAUGCAUAAGUGGAAACAUGGGAGGCAGUGGUUCAAGUGUUUGAUCGAUGAAGUGCAGCAUUGGAAGACUGGCAGUUCCUCAAGAAAAGAAGCCUUCCAGCAUUAGGAUGGGUGGGGAUGAAGUCUUCAACUGUAAUGAGCUUAAUAACAAUCAACUUGUCGUAGAAGGAUCCUACAAACCCAAGGACGUGGACAUUGCGUUUGCGUUGGAGUUAGUGGACAAUAUUUGGUUUUAAUGGACUCUUCUGUAUGGAUGAUUGUUGGAUGGUCCCAUAUUUCAGAGUCAUAGUGACUUUCGAUGUAGUAGGAAACUGUUUGUCCAUGUUUAUUCACAUAUUCUGGAAACUGCUCUCUGGUUUUAUAUUCCUCUGUAUCAGAGCUGGAAUCUGGCGAACUCCCUAAUGUUUAGGGUGCAGUAGCAAAUAGCUUUUUAAUUAUCAGCCAGUACUUGAAAACGGCAGCUUGUUCACUCUUGGCACAUAUUGCCGCAGUGAAAUGAAGGGCAUCUCUUGGGAAUUUAUCCCACAAACAAUUAGCUUUAUGCAAGGUCUAUUGUCAGCUCCUACACACACACACACACACAAUAUAUUUUCAGUUAGGAUAACAACGGUAGUACAGCAGGUCUAUUGUGUUGGCUCAAAUGUUUACUGCAUAGCUCCUGUUUAAUGUUUUGAUUAAGGAUAAGCCUCAGGACUGCAAUGAUGUGCAGCUUGCCAACAAAUUGUUUUCCCUUAUGACAAAUGUUCACUUUGUAACCUUUGUAACUAGCCAUUGGGCAAUUAUGACUCCUGACUUAGGCUAUGCACUUCAAAAGCAAUUAAUCUGUUGCCUGCAUUUUUUUUGUGUGUGUCUGUGCACUAAAGCCUGUCACACGCUUUAUCUGUUAAACUGAAGUCAACAGGAACCACUGGACACAUGGAGGCCUUUCUAAGGAAACAUUCCUUCUCAGAUAUCUCAAUGCUGUAUAUGAUGGAUGGUUUACCAGCUUUAAGUUUACUAUUGAUGGAAUGAUAGCAACAAUUGUAAAAAGGAUAAUUUAUUUAUAUUCUAACUUAUUCAGAUGUAUUUUUAUAUUUCUAUGACUGGUGAGCUGAAUGAGAAAAUAAAGAUGCAUAAAAGUA